AUGCGUUUUUACGGCCCGGCAAUGGCGGCGCCCGCGGAGUCGCUACGGAAGCGGAGGCGCGGAGACGCGGGGUCUGGGUCUCCGCCCGAGCCGGCGUGCGAACCUGUGGGCUACCCGACCCGUCUCCGCGCGGGCUCCUUCUGGCUGACCAGGAUAGUGCUCCUGAGGGCCCUAGCUUUCGUUUACUUCGUGGCGUUCCUGGUGGCUUUCCACCAGAACAAGCAGCUGAUUGGAGACCAGGGGCUACUGCCCAGCAGGCUGUAUUUGAAGAGUGUCCAGCAGCACUUCAAGGGGAGGAUCGGCUGGGACGCCCUGAGCUACGCGCCCACUGUCCUCUGGUUCCUGGACUGGUCACGCAUGGACACCAACCUGGACUUCCUGGCUCUGGCCGGCUUGGGUAUUUCGUCCUUCGUCCUGGUAGCUGGCUGUGCAAACAUGGUCCUCAUGGCUGCUCUCUGGGUCCUCUACAUGUCUCUGGUCAACGUGGGACAGAUCUGGUACGCUUUUGGAUGGGAAUCCCAGCUUCUGGAGACAGGAUUCCUGGGAAUCUUCCUGUGCCCUCUGUGGACGCUGUCCCGGUUACCCAGACGCACCCCGACGUCCCGGAUCGUCGUGUGGGGGUUCCGGUGGCUUAUUCUUAGAAUCAUGCUCGGAGCAGGGCUGAUCAAGAUCCGGGGCGACCGGUGCUGGUGGGACCUGACCUGCAUGGACUACCACUACGAGACCCAGCCCGUGCCCAACCCCGCGGCCUACUACCUGCACCGCUCCCCGUGGUGGAUCCACCGCGCCGAGACGCUCGGCAACCACAUCGUUGAGCUCCUGGUGCCCUUCUUCCUCCUCCUGGGACGGCGCAUGUGCAUCCUGCACGGCAUCCUGCAGGUGCUCUUCCAGGUGGUCCUCAUCAUCAGCGGGAACCUGAGCUUCCUGAACUGGCUAACCAUCGUGCCCAGCCUGGCCUGCUUCGACGACAACGCCCUGGGCUUCCUAUUCCCCUCCAGGCCCGGGGGCCUCAGAGACUGUGUCCUGCACCUGCAGGAGGAGGAGGCCCGGGGGGCCGGGCCUGUGCAGACACGCGGUUGUGUGGUGCGGCGGACUGUCCACCUCGCUCUGGCCGCCCUCAUCGGCUACCUCAGCAUCCCCGUGGUCCUCAACCUGCUCAGCUCCCAGCAAGUGAUGAACGUCUCCUUCAACCCGCUCAGGAUCGUCAACACGUACGGGGCCUUCGGAAGCAUCACCAAGGAGCGCACAGAGAUCAUCCUCCAGGGCACGGCCAGCCCCAACGCCAGCGCCCCCAGCGCGGUGUGGGAAGACUACGAGUUCAGGUGUAAGCCCGGCGACCCCCGGCGGCGGCCCUGCCUCAUCUCCCCCUACCACCACCGCCUGGACUGGCUCAUGUGGUUCGCGGCCUUCCAGACCUACGAACAGCAUGAGUGGAUCAUCCACCUGGCGGGCAAGCUGCUGGCCAACGAUGCUUGGGCCCUGUCCCUGCUCGCCCACAACCCGUUCACGGGCAGAGCACCCCCCAGGUGGGUCCGUGCAGAGCAUUACCGCUACAAGUUCAGCCUCCCCGGAGGCCGGCACGCCGCGCAGGGUGAGUGGUGGGUGCGGAGGAGGAUCGGCCCCUACUUCCCCCCACUCAGCCUCCAGGGCCUGAGGGACUACUUUGAGGCCAGAGAGUGGCCACACCCGGAGCCCGCCUAG